AUGUCGUCAGUACCAUUAUCAAGCGCUACACUUACUACAAUGAAUUUAGCACAAAAAUAUUUAUAUGAAUUUGCUGGUCCAAUUUUAAUUCUUAUUGGUACAAUUAGUUGCAUAAUAAACUUAGUUGUUUUUACUCAAAAAGAUCUACGAAAAAAUCCAUGUCCAAUAUAUUUUAUUGCACAUAAUAUAGUUAAUUUAAUAUUUAUUUAUUCAUCAUUAUUAGCUUUAACAUUAGGUAUAGGAUAUAAUAUAAGUGCUCUUAUAUACAAGUUAAUUCUCUGUCGUGUAUAUCUUUAUGUAGUUAUUUUAUCUAAUUGUUUAAGUCCAUUUUAUUUGAUAUUGGCUUCAAUUGAUCGAAUAUUGUUAACAUCAUCAAAUGCACGUAUACGACAACGAAGUAAUCGUCGUUUUGCCUGUUUAUGUAUAAUAAUUGGAACAUCAUUUUGGUCAUUAUUUCAUAUUCAUGCAUUAAUCAGUUCGAAUAUUCGACAAAUGGGUCCAAAUACUUAUCUUUGUUAUUUUCAACAAGGUAUUCAUCUUAUAUUUGCUACAUAUUAUUCUUUAACAAAAGAAAGUUUAACACUUAUAUUAUUGCUAAUAUGUGGAUUAUGGUCUAUAAAAAAUAUUCGAAGUUUACGUCGUGUUAGAAUUGACAAUACGUUAUCUACGACUCGGACAUAUGUAGAAGGAAAAUAUUCUAAAUUAAAUUCUUCAAAAGAUCGUCAACUUACGUUAAUGUUAUUAAUGGAUAUAAUUAUUUAUGCAUUAUUUAGUUUUGCAUUUGCAAUGUUUCUAAUAUAUCAACAAAUAACACAAAAUCCUUUAAUGAGUCUUGAUCGAAUACAAAUUGAAAAUGUUAUUAGAAAUUUUUGUUUAUUUAGUGGUUCUAUUCCAUUUUGUACUAGUUGUUAUGCAAAUUUAAUCAUAUCAAAAACAUUUCGAAAUGAAACAAAAAAAGCAUUUAAAUCGAAAAUAAUUUUUUGUCUAAAUUGA